AUGAAGUUAAUUGGACAAACAACUAUUUUUUUGAGUAUAUUUCUGGUACUACUAGUAUUUGAUAUAUCUGUUUCUGAAGGUACCUCUGAAGGAAUUAACUAUAACUUGAUGUCAUCUCAAUCCAACGACUCGAGUAGUAAUUCAACAAGUGGAGAACUCGGAAUAAUUGGUGUUGAAGGAGGAGAGAAGGAAGUAGAGGUAGAAGUAAAGGGAGUAAAUGAAGAGGAAAAGGAAGAAGAACAAGAACAAGAACAAGAACAAGAACAAGAACAAGAACAAGAACAAGAAGAAGAACAAGAACAAGAACAAGAACAAGAACAAGAACAAGAACAAGAACAAGAAGAACAAGAACAAGAAGAACAAUAUGAAGAACAAUAUGAAGAACAAAGUGAAGUACAGAGUAGAGAACAAAGUGACGAACAAAGUGACGAACAAAGUGACGAACAAAGUGACGAACAAAGUGACGAACAAAGUGACGAACAAAGUGAGGGCCGAAAUGAGGAACAAGAAAUUGAAGGUGAGGAAGAAAAGGAGAAUAGUAAAGGUGAACCUUUAUCUUCACUAAUUAAAAAUCAAUCAAAUUCAUUGGGAAUUUCUACAGAGCAAUAUACUCAUAUGUCAACGAGUACUAUAUCUACAAUCACUGAAACUCCAUCUCAAGAAUUAGCAGAUAUAAAUGAACAAAUUCAGAAUGAAGAUAAUGAGGUACAAAGUAAAAUAAUUGACUAUGAAUAUCCAACUCCUUUGUUGAAAACUUAUGAAAUGCGAAAGUUAGUACCUCAUGGCAGCUCUUCUAAUGUCAUAACAAUUCAAGGAUCUCGCAAAGGAACAUCAAUAUUGGCAAUUUUUGAUAUAUCAUCCUUGAUUGAAUCUGAUAUUACAGCUGAUGAUAUUGUUUCAAUAAAAUUAUAUGUUCAUAAAAUUGGAGGGACACGUACUCUACCAAUUCGUGUAGAUUUACUAAGUCUUCCUCAGAAUUCAACUCGUAUUGUUAAGUCUGCACUAUUGGGUACUUUCCAGGCCGUUAUCCCUAGAACUCCCAAUUCUUAUAUAUCUGUAGAUUUGUCUGCAUCAAUUCCUAAAUUUUUCCAAGGGAAUCAAAACAACUCGACUAUCUCAAUUUUGUUAUCAGCCUGGUCUAAAACUCGCUUUGGAGAUAUUUUGACUUACUCAUCAGGAGAUAAAAGGGAUGGUUUAACUUUGGUUAUAACUGCAACAAAACAACCUAAACAGUCAGUUAGUGAUGAACUUAAUACACCUCAGAUGAAGAACAAUUUAUCUGAAUCAAUAUUUAGUGGGAUAAAUUGGUAUGCCUCUUUAGGCUUUGUAUCUUUGGUUAUUAUCAUUGUCCUUGUAUUAAUGAUGAUGUAA